AUGAACAGAGUAUUGUCUGAUCUACAUGCGCUCAAGAAGCUAUACGGGCUGCUUCAAAGGUUAGAUGAGACGUCCAAGGCCCUUAUGAACAAGUUGCUUGAUGAUGCUCUCCUGAAGCAGGCAAAGGCUCUUACUACGGCUUCUGAUUCGGUGGUUCCGUUUUCUCUUGGUUUGACGUCUCCAAAGAAAACAGAUCAAGCAAGUUCAUCAUUUCUUAACAACAAGGAAGCAGAGAUGGAACAGAUUUUGUCUGAUCUGGAGGCGCUGACGAGCCUAUACAGGCUGCUUCACAAGGGUCCGGGUCCGGCAGGUGAAAAUUUAGAUGAGGCGUCCAGGGCUCUUCUGAUGAAGAUACUAGAAGAUGCUACCCAGGAGGCUGUCCGGAGGCAGGCAAAGAUGCUAUCAGGUUGUUCUCUAGUGUCCCCUGCGCUAGAGAGAAAGCUGUCCACGCAAUCAGACUGCCGGACACAGCAUGCCGAUCCGUGCCCGAGGCGGCCAGUGGCCUCACCCAGACCAAGCCUCCUGGCCAGUGAGCCAUCGCGCCGGCUAAACCUGCAACAUUCUACAGUGUCACGCCGAUCCGGCCUCCACGUCGACGCCCAUCACCAUGCACCGGAAGAGCCUCUCCUUGCUCGCCUCGCUACCAACCGCUCGUCGAGAACCGCAUUGCCGGCACGACACCGUCCAAGCCAAGAGCAGUGGCACUCCAGCCUCAGCCUCCACCGUUUCCCCGUAGCUGGAACGUCGAGACAUGGCACGGUGGCCGGAAGUAGUACUCGGCUUGCCGACCGCCGGGAAAGCAUCCGUCGCAGCUCCGGCCGUGGUGACCGGUGUUCUCUGGAACGUAGCAGCAGCAGGAGCAGCAGCCGGCGUUCCGUGUCACGGGAGCUGUCUCUGGCGUCGUCGUCAAGGCUGCGUGGCCGUGCUACCCCGCGGCACGUGGGAGCGGAGAGCUCCUCCUCGGUGCGUCUCUUCGAGAGGCUGGACUCUGGGUUGUCCCUGAGCAUGACGUCGCGUCAUGGCGUGGAGCGUGCCGAACGCUCUUCCUCGAGCAACACGGUGGCAACCAUACAAAGCCGCAUCAGACCAAGCAGCACUCUUCUCACGGAGCGCUCCCUACGACGCCGAUUUUCCGUAGAAGGGAAGACAUCGCGCGGGAGGCAACAAGGCAGCGACGUUUCCAGCGCGGACAUGUCCAGCAGCAGCGGAAGCUCAUCGGCAUCUCCAGCGCCACGUGCUUUUCCUAAUCCCUACUACUACUCGCCGCCGGUGUGCACACCUGAGGUGUCGCGCUCAAUGAGGAGGCGACGUCGCCAGGAAAUCCUCGAGAAGCGGGUGGCGCGGCUGCGGAUGCUCAUGGACAAAAUCGCCACGGUGUUCCAUCACCGCCACGACGACCACCACCACCACCUCGGGGGCGGCCAGGAGGCGGGCCCCUCGUCCAGGAGCGUCGUCCGCGGCGCAGGCCACCUCAACUCGCCGUGGCAGUACCUUACGAGCAUGUUCCACCGCGCGAAAGGGAAAGAUAAGAACACUAGGCGCCGGACGGUGGUAGGCGUGCCGGAGAAGAGGUGCGGCGGUGGCGGGAACAUGCACGCGCUAUUCGACGCAGUGCGGCGGCACUUGAAGGGCAAGCGGAGGGCACCGGCAGGCAUAAAACUGAGGAGGAAGGCCAGCCGGGUGCGGGCCAACAAGAUGCAUUGGUGGCAGCGGCUGAGGCGACGGCGUGGCAUGGCAGGGGUGACGGCGGGCAGUAGACCACGGCGCCGUUUAGGACAUGGAAAGGCAGGGUGGCUGUAG